AGAUUUUUGUACAGUGCAUCGAAUUGUAGGUCACUUGCAUGAGACUAAACUCGACUCAUACAUCCCUAAUCAAAUGGUUCUGCUUCUUCUUCUUCUUUUGGCCACGACUUCUCGGCAGUGAAUUAUUCAUCUGUUUGACGAUAAAGGCACGUCUUAUCACAAUGGUGACCGAAAACGAAAACGCCACGAAAGCACCGAAUUCCUCUGGAAACGAAGGAGAAACAACUUCGAAGAAAGCUGCCAAAAAACAGGCCAAAGAAGCCUUAAAGGCCGCCAAGAAAGCUGAAUAUAAGGCGGCUGCUGGAAAAUCUGAUAAUGGCAACAAUGCGGCUGAUAGUGCAGAGGAUAUUUCAGCCGGUUGUUAUGGCACGUACGGUAUCAUCAAUUCCAAGGAAAAACACGAGGAAAGGAACUUCGUAACAGUCGUCGAUUUGAAAGAUCAUGUGGGCAAAGCUCCUGUCUGGGUUAGAGGACGUGUGCACACAUCCAGAGCAAAGGGCAAACAAUGUUUCCUGAUCUUGCGCCAGAACAGCAGCACUGUACAAUGUAUUUUGGCUGUGGGCGACAAAAUAUCCAAACAAAUGGUUAAAUUUGCUGGCAAUUUGAACAAGGAAAGUAUCAUCGACAUUGAAGCUGUGGCCGUAGGUGUACCUACCAAAAUUGAGUCUUGUACGGAACAAAGCCUUGAAUUGUCAAUACAGCAAUUGUUUGUGGUAUCCCAAGCCAAACCCCAAUUGCCAUUGCAAAUUGAGGAUGCAUCUCGUCCCGACAACCCUGAUGACACUGAAGGCCUCAAUAUUCGUGUCAACCAGGAUACCCGUUUGGACAAUCGUGUUUUGGAUUUAAGAACUCCGGCCAAUCAAGCCAUUUUCCGCUUGGAAGCUGGUGUUUGCCGCCUAUUCCGUGAUAUACUCACCGCCAAGGGUUUCACAGAGAUCCAUACACCCAAAAUUAUAUCGGCCGCCAGUGAAGGUGGUGCCAAUGUAUUUACUGUGAGCUAUUUCAAAGAUUCCGCUUAUUUGGCCCAGUCUCCUCAGCUGUAUAAGCAAAUGGCUAUUGCUGCUGAUUUCGAUAAAGUUUUCACUGUGGGCGCUGUAUUCCGUGCCGAGGAUUCUAACACGCACAGGCAUUUAACGGAAUUCGUUGGUCUUGAUUUGGAAAUGUCAUUUAAAUAUCAUUACCAUGAAGUGCUCCAUACAAUUGGUAACACCUUCACCGACAUAUUCAAAGGAUUGCGCGAUCAAUACAGCAAAGAGAUUGAAGCAGUUCGACAACAGUACCGUGUGGAGCCAUUCAAAUUUUUGGAACCUCCACUUAUUCUGCAAUUCUCCGAAGGUGUAGCAAUGCUGCGUGAAGCCGGUGUUGAAACUGGUGAUGAAGAAGAUCUCUCCACGCCCAAUGAAAAGUUACUGGGUCGUUUGGUCAAAGCAAAAUAUGACACUGAUUUCUAUAUUUUGGACAAAUUCCCCUUGGCUAUUCGACCAUUCUAUACCAUGCCCGAUCCCAACAAUCCAAUUUAUUCCAACUCCUAUGAUAUGUUUAUGAGAGGCGAAGAAAUAUUGUCUGGAGCACAGCGUAUUCAUGACCCGGACUUUUUGACAGAAAGAGCUAAACAUCACGGAAUAGAUAUCAGUAAAAUUGCUGCCUACAUUGAAUCGUUCCGGUUUGGUUGUCCACCACACGCUGGCGGUGGUAUUGGUAUGGAACGUGUCGUCAUGUUGUAUCUGGGUCUCGACAACAUUCGCAAAACGUCAAUGUUCCCACGUGAUCCCAAGAGAUUGACUCCUUAAACUGUUAUCAUCAGGAAAAAAGAUAAAAAGCUUAAAGCUUUGAAUAGCAGCCUUCCCUUUGUUCUUAGGUUUUUCUGGUUAGCUGACAUUUUAUUUCCAUUUUAAUUUUUUUUAUUUUAUAAACAAUAAUUAUUUUAUUUAGUUUUAACCAACAAAAAUGCAUUAGUUUUUUUUUCUUCUUUCUAAAACGAUUUACUUAAUUUUAUCCACGAUAUAUAUUGUAUAUUUACAAUAUUAUUGUUGUCUAACAACAAAUUUUGCGAUGAAAAUAUCUACACGAAGAAACGAACAAUUUUCGAACUACUUUAAAAGGCUGAUUUAUUCGGCAGUAGUGCACAGAAAGAUGUACUAUCAUGUCAGAAAUUCAAAUUAUUUUAACAAAUAAAAUUAUUUAAUUUUUGUAUCCAAAUUAA